ACUGAACACUUCCUGUUCAAAGUACAACACCAUUUUUUCUGUGUCACAGAUUGUAGAGGAAACCUGUUUUUGGUACUAGAUCACACAAUUUCGUAUGGACCUUCAUGCUGAAAAAGAUGACAUCUGUCACGUGCAUUUACAGAUCUUUGUUACUUUGACGCACGGUCAUUGCUUCGACGUUGCAGUCAACACCGGCAGGAUCAAUUUGAUUACCAUUCGAGUGAACAGAGCUGUGUGCACCUGACUUGCAGACCGCUACUAGUGUGUUUACAUAAUGCAGAAUUCCUUGGAGUCGCUUGUGAAUGUGCUUGAGUCGUACAGAGGAAGAGAUAAAGUGAUAAGGACACUGUGCUAUGGGUCCCAGCUGGUUGGUGGGGUUCUGUCUGAGAAGCCAGGGCUGUCAUCCGCACAGCUUGGAAAGAGCCUCCUACUGUUCUCUGCACAGCUAAGCCACUGUCGGACUGUACUUCGACUCUUCGAUGACCUCUCCAUGCUCACAUAUUCACAAAGCUAUGGUCUUGGAGCCGGGGAUGAAGAUUCUGCACUGCGCUGGAUGUCUGUGCUGAAUAAUGUGGCUGACCAAUUGUAUUACCCUUGUGAACAUAUAGCGUGGGCUGCCGAUGCCAAGAUCAUCAGUGCUAAGUCUGACAAAUGGUGGCUACUAAGCGGUAUACUCUGGGGAGCAUCUCUGCUUUUAGGCAUUUUCAGGUCUAUGAGGGUUGUCAUGCUGCUGCGGAAGAAGUUAAGGAAGUCAACACGAGGCGACAGUGAGGGAACUGUUGCCAGCAGGUCUCAGCUCCGGAGGCAGGUGCAAGGGGAGGUCCUCAGUAUUCUCAGCAGCAUGGCAGAUCUGAGUAAUGCCAUUCAUUGGAUGCCCCCUGGUUUCCUGUGGGCAGGACGCUUUCCCAAUUGGCUAGUUGGACUUAUGGGCACCAUAUCAUCCCUGAUUGGCUUGAUCCAGAUGGGUGCCAGUCAAGCAGUCAGUGCCUAGUCUUAUUGCUUUGACAAAUCUUUCAAUCUUUAUUUUUUAUUUUUUUACUAACACAUUUUGAUAACCCAAUCAGCAUUAGUGGACAAUAUCAUUUGUUGAAAAAUCUACUGAAAAUUGGGGAACAUUCAACAUCAAACCCUGUUCUGGAUGACAUCAUUGUGCCCAGUGUUGGUAAUUAACAGUUUGUUUCUCUUUUCUUGACAAAGCUCCACAACCAGAUGCAACAGUUGACUAUUGUCUGUUUUUAAACUCCUACCAACUGUUCAGCGGUGUUGAACAUAGCUCAGAUGUGUUUUAAGUUGACUUGUUACUAGUAGGAAUACAGUAAAACAUGGGAAGCUCUGUCAGCCUGUGCUUGAGUUGAGUCAUGUUCAGCUGGCCUACUGUUUCUCCUAGCUAGGCACUCCAAUUAUCUGUUAUGAUUCUCAUAAUUUCUCACAUAAACCCAUGGAAUGUGAAGUGAAAAAAUAUAGAAUAUCUAUUACAACAUUUUAAUUAAAUGAAUUAACCUAUUACUCCACAGAACUUUCAGGAUGAAUGAUUGUUUUUUUUUUUAUUUUUUUUUUUCUCCAGAAUUCUGAAUGAUAGAUAUGAACAAUAUUGCUGUAACAUUAAUUGUUUGGCAUUUUGGCACCAAAUUUUUUGUAAAAUAUAAUCAUAACUUCAGAGUAGCAAUUGCCCUUUCAUUAUGGUAAUGUUCAUAAAACCAAUCAAUGUCAACACAACAUUUGUGGCUAUUUUAACCACAGAAACAGGCUCGACAAUGAAAAUAUCAGCUGCUGUGAACAGUGAUGAAUUGUAAUUUUUGUUCAUAAUUUUCCUAGAAUAAAAUAGUUAAAUUA